AAAGCUUUACUAACAUACUAUAUAUAGCUUAAACUCCCCCCUACUUAGAGACAUCGGACGGACAUGGUUGCUAGUACAUCUCGACUAUAAUUCAUCGGUGGAAAAUUCACGAGAACUUUAACGGAGUGGAAUUCUGCGCAAAAAGCCCAAGCUGUCGAUUUUAACGUCUUCUUCACUUUUUACAUUUUGUGAUUUGAAACGGGGCGGUUGCGAGUCCUGGUAAAGGGAAGAAAUGGAAACGAAGCUUUUUGGGUGCUUGCCGCAGAGCUUAUUUCAGUCCAUGGACAAGAGCCAUUCUCUAUUUGGCCUUUCGGAAGAAUCUCUGCCACCUGCUCCACCGCCGGUAGAAGUGCUUCUUUCAGAAGGUGUGCAAUUGGAGAAAUAUGUUGCUGAACCUGUUAACUUACAUGGAGGCCUUGUAAUGCUUAAGGGACGGGUAAAUACUAGUGAUGUUUUUGGAGUUUCUAAUUCAGAUCUGGUCCCUGGGAAGUACGAAGGAGGGCUAAAAUUGUGGGAAAGCUCCAUAGAUUUAGUCAAUACACUCAAACGUGAAAUUCAAGAUGGUCAGUUAUCAUUUAGGGGCAAGCAAGUGUUGGAGCUUGGUUGCGGACAUGGACUUCCAGGAAUAUUUGCUUGCCUGAAGGGGGCUUCGACAAUUCAUUUUCAAGACUUCAAUGCUGAGGUUAUAAGAUGCCUUACGAUACCAAAUGUGAAUGCAAACCUUGAGCAGGCUUGUGAGAAACUCCCCCGCCAUGCUGAUGGUGCAGUGGCCUCGACAACAGCAAAUUCUUUAGCACCAGAUAUACAUUUCUAUGCAGGUGAUUGGGGAGAAUUGCACACUUUGUUGUCUAUGGUUGCAACUGAUCAGGUUGAUUCAGUGGAACAGGCUGACCAAUGUUUACUUGAGGAUGGUUUGCCUCUAGAUGAUUUUUCUUAUCAAGAUAUAAGUACUAAUAAUCAGGAAACGCCCACAAGUUUUACUCAGGUUAAACAGGUGGAGUGCAGUAGGAAGCAUUCUCGGAGCCCUGCUUGUGAGCGGGCCAGAGAUAGAGAUAUUUCUGAAGGGGGCUAUGAUAUAAUCUUGACAGCAGAAACUAUCUAUUCUAUAAGUUCAAUGCAGAAAUUGUAUGAGCUUAUUAAAAAGUGUUUGCGACCCCCAUAUGGUGUUGUUUAUCUGGCUGCUAAAAAACACUAUUUUGGAGUAGGUGGUGGUACUCGGCAAUUCAAAUCUUUAGUUGAAGAGGAUGGUAUUCUGGGAGCUCAUUUGGUAGUGGAUAUUGCAGAUGGUGCUUCCAAUGUUCGAGAAAUCUGGAAAUUCUUUUUCAAAUAGAACAAGAAGGUUGGGGUUGGUGACAUCAUAACCCAUCCAAAAUUCUUUGAUACCUGGAAAUCUCAUAUAAUCGAACUGCACCUUGUGCCCUUCUUCAAACCUUCUUAAGUGGGAUGGAUGUUCAGUUAGAUCUAAAAAAUGGGACAGAAUAUGUUUUCAUGAGUCUUGGAUGCUGAUAAAAUUAGCCCACCACAGUUCCAUGAGAAAUCUGCAAUUCCCUUUCUAAAGGCUUAAUUAAUACAAGCAUCUGGUUAGAUAGGUUUUACUAAUGAUCAGAUAAUAGUGUAAAUGGAGUGUGUUGACAAUGACAAAUAUAUUGGGCAGUGGUAUAAUUGGCCAUCAUUUUUAGUCAAGUUGAUGUAAAAUCUAUCAGAUAUCCAUCGGACUAAAUAAAAUUCUUUCUUUUGAGUUCCA